AUGUCGUCAAGGAUCAAACGUGGAAAUUACAACCAAGAUUAUCACCACAAACAGAGCAGAUAUGUGGUUAAAGAAUACAGCAGUUCUGAGGCUAUGGAGGAAAGAUAUGAGCACAAAACACAGGCUCGCAUCCAGGAAGUGGUUAGAUCAAAGAUGGUGGAAAAAUAUGUGCGUGAGGAGCCCAUGAUCAGGGGACCACAGUUCGUGGUCAGACUCAGAUCCCACACUGUAUUUGAAAACAGUCCAAUCAAACUCUUCUGUACUGUUGAUGGCUUCCCCAUGCCGAUUGUGAAAUGGUAUAAAGAUGGAGUGGUCCUGAACUUAUCCUCGGGAAGGUACUUGGUUGAAGCCAAAGGUGGAAGUUAUUCUCUGGAGAUCCCAAGAUGUACAACUGAUGACACAGCUCAAUACACUGCUAUGGCUGGUAACAUCCAUGGGCAGGCCUCCUGUCAAGCUUCCAUUAUCGUAAAGCGUUUCAAAGAGGAGGAGGCGUCCAGUCCAUAUGCAUGGUUGCCGUUUACAGCUGCCAUGCUUCCCAAGAUCCAUUACACUAAAAUCGACAUUACCUUUGUGGAGAAGUUUGGUCCAGUGUUUGCCACUGAGGGAGAAUCUGCAGUUUUGUCAGCCACCAUGACCCUGACCCCCAACCUAGCCAACUUACAGCCUGAGGCCCAGUGGUACAGAGACGAUACCCGUCUGUUUGAAUCAAAAUGGGUGAAGAUUGAAACUGGCAGAGGAUUCACCAAACUGAGUCUUCCAAAUCUCUAUAAAGAUGAUGAGGGCCUUUACACUCUGCGCAUGGUCACAAAAGGAGGCACUGCAGAACACAGUGCAUUUGUUUCAGUUGAAGAUGGGCCUCCCCCAGUUCCUGCUUCACCUGGUGCUCCUAUGGACAUCAAGAUCCACGAUGCCAACAGAGACUAUGUCAUUGUAUCUUGGAAGCCUCCUAAUACCACUACAGAGGGUCCAAUCUUGGGAUACUUUGUGGACAAAUGUGAGGUUGGAACUGAAAACUGGACCCAAUGCAAUGAUCACCCCAUAAAGAUCUGCAAGUACCCAGUGUCUGGACUGUUUGAAGGACACUCCUAUCACUUCAGAGUCAGAGCUGUCAACUCCCACGGAAUCAGCAAACCAUCCCGCAUGUCUGAUCCUAUUGCUGCUCUGGACCCUACUGAGUUUGAGAGGCUCCAUGCCAAAAAGCUUGGAGGAAGACUGGAUGUUGUAUCUUAUCACGAUGAAGCUGAAGAAGAAGGACAGGCCCCAGGUGCUCCAUCAGGAAUUUCUGCAUCAGAAACAGACAGGACAUAUGUUGUUCUGAGCUGGAAAGCCCCUGUGUAUUCAAGCAAAGCUCCUAUGUGGUACUACAUUGAAAAGGCCAUGGCAGACACUAAUGCGUGGCAGCGUGUUAACACUCAGGUUCCUAUUCGAUCUCCUCGUUAUGCUGUGUUUGACCUGGCAGAGGGUAAACAAUAUAAGUUCAGAGUAUUGUCUGCAAAUAUGUAUGGAACCAGUGAGCCAUCAGAGCCAACUGGACCUGUUCAGACACAGGAACUGAGAGGUGUGCCAUCUGCUCCAGGUCAGGUGAUUGCAACUCGGGAAACAAACACUUCUGUCCUUAUCCAGUGGGCUCCUCCAAAGGAACCCAACAAUCUCAUUGGUUAUUAUAUUGACCAGUGUGUGAAGGGAUCCAAAAACUGGACCUCAGCUAAUCACAAACCACAUAAGAAAACCAAAUUUGUGGUUAGCGGCUUGACCACAGGAGAAACCUACGUGUUCCGUGUCCAGGCUAUCAAUGAGCUGGGUCUCAGUGAGGAAUCCCAAGAAUCCUCACCUCUGACAGUCAGAGCUGCCCUUAGACCCCCAUCUGCUCCUUAUGAUAUUGCACUCCUGAACUGUGAUGGUCAUUCAAUGGUUUUGAACUGGAAGAAGCCUCUUCACUCUGGAGGUUCAAAGGUCAAAGAUUACUUUGUGGAUAAAAGACGUAGUGGAGCCACAAUGUGGAGAGAGGUUCAUAUUCCACCAGUGUCAGAGAGACUUUAUAAGGUUGAAGGCUUAACCGAGGGAGCAAUCUAUCAGUUCCGUGUGUAUGGAGCCAACCUGGCUGGCCUUGGACCAGCUUCCAAACAAUCAGAGGACUUUUCAUGUGAGCCUUGGAAAAUGCCAGAGCCAGGCCCCGCUUAUGACCUGACAUUUAGUGAAGUAAGAGAUAAUUCAUUGGUGGUUGAGUGGCAAAAGCCUAUCUAUUGUGGUUCUGAGCCAGUCACGGGCUAUCAUGUAGAAUAUGCAAAGAAGGGAACUUCUGACUGGACUAUGGCCAAUAAGACAGCUGUCAGCCAUCGCUUCCUUAAGGUAACUGGUCUGGAAAUGGAUGCAAGCUAUGUGUUGAGAGUGUGUGCAGUCAAUGGUGCAGGAGUGGGUAUGGCCUCAAUGGCCUCUGAUCCUGUGACUGCCAAAGCGGUGCCAGGAAUCCAGGAGGUGUCCUGUGUGGUUGAUGAGAAGUCAGGUGACAUUGUUCUGUCAUUUGAGUCCUGCCAAGUGAAUGAGGGCUCUCUCUUCACCUGGAAGAAAGAUUAUAAAGAAAUCACUGAUUUCUCCAAAGGGAUGGUGAUUAAGACUGAGGGCAGCCUCUCCAAGCUGAUUUUUAAGAACCCAGAUAAAGAAGACUUCGGAACGUUUUCUGUUUCUGUCAGCAAUACAGAGGGGGUGUCAUCCAGCCAUACAAUCACAGCUGAAGAGUUGGAAAAGAUGUUGGCUCGCAGCUAUGAUAUCAGACACCCAAUCAUCCCACUGAAGUCUGAGUUGGCCUAUAAGAUUUUGGAGAGAGGCAGAAUGAGGUUCUGGCUGCAGGCUGAGGGGAUUUCUUCCAAUGUCACCUACAAAUUCUUUGCAAACAACAAGGAACUGUCUGGAACUGAUCCAAACAAGAUGGGUCACGACGUCUCUACAGGUAUCAUUGAGUUCAUCAUGGACCAUUUCACAGAGGAGAAUGAAGGGACAUUUACCUGCCAGAUCACAGAUGGUGGCGGCAAAGCACAGAGCUCACUGGUGCUGAUUGGAGAUGCUUUCAAAGCAGCACUGGCUGAGGCUGACUACCAAAGGAGAGAAUACAUCAGAGUCAAAGAGGGCCCCCAUUUCAGUGAGUUCCUGUCUCUUCAGGUCGGAGAAGACUGCUCUGUAACUUUGGUUUGCAAGGUUGCUAACUUGAAGAAGGAAUCGGAGUUCCACUGGUAUAAAGACGAUGUAGAGGUUAUCCCCGAUGUCAAGCCCGAUCUUGGAUCAGGAGUUUGCAAACUGCCAAUUAAACAGUUUUCUCUGAAGACAACAGGAGUUUAUAAAGCCACCAUCAGUGAUGACAGAGGAAAAGAUAUGAGCCAACUUGAUGUCAGUGGAAAAGUCUUUGACGAUGCCAUAAACAAGCUCAACCAGCUGGCCGGAGCGAGUGCACCAGAGCUGGUGAUUAAGUGCACGGCAACGGGUAUACAGCUACAGUGUCACUUGAAGUAUUACACCUCAGAGAUGAACAUCACUUGGUAUCAUGGUGAGGCUAAACUCUCCCACUGUGACAAGACCGUGAUUGGAGGAACCCCUUCUAUGGCAACAAUGGAGGUGGUUGAGCCGAUAGAGAAGGAUAAAGGACCGUACUCUAUUGUCAUUGCCAACUCUGAAAAUUCACAUAAACGCAUCCUGGACCUCAGCGGUGAAGUUUAUGAGAAAGCGUUUGCUGAGUUCCAGAAACUCAAGGCUGAAGCAUAUGCUGAGAAGAACCGUGGAAAGGUGGUUGGAGGACUGCCUGAUGUAGUCACCAUUAUGGAAAAGAAGACCCUGAGUUUAACAUGCACAGUGUGUGGAGAACCCAAACCUCAAGUGUCAUGGCUGAAGAAUGGAACAGAAGUUGAACCUGAUGAUCAGUAUGUGGUCUCCUUAGACCAGGGCAAGUUUGCCAGUCUUACUAUCAAAGGUGUUACCAUGGAGGAUUCCGGCAGAUAUACAAUGAUUGUCCAGAACAAAUACGGAGGCGAGUCUGUGGAUAUAGUGGUCAGUGUGUACCGCCACGGGGAGAAAAUCCCUGAGGCUAAACCUGCUCUGACCCCUAAAACACUCAUCCCUCCGAAACUCCCCAUUGAGAUCCCUCAACCUAAGACCCAGCCUAGUAGCCCUACUCCUAGCCCUGCCCCCUCUGCAACCAGCCCCACACCUCCAAAAGCCGCACCAGGGAGAGGGGUGAAGAGUCCCACUCCCUCUCGGAGGAAGUAAAGAGUGUGACAGCCAUAAAUGAGGAUGAAACAUAGUCACAAAUGCGCAAACAUACCACACAUAGACAUUUUAAUUGGUGUUCUCUGUCUGGUAUGACAAAUGCAUUUGGUAUUAAAUUAUAUAAUCAAGAAAACCCUUGACGAGUAUAAGAUUUUCUGUAUCUGGAACUGAGAGAAAAACAUUUAGUUUCUUUUAUACAUCCUCAUAUGUGGAAAACAAUUAGCAUGAGAACAAAGUAGACUAUCAAACUAAUUAUUAGCUUUACAUGAAAGAAUUGGAAGAUAAAUUAAACUUGAAUAAGGCUAACAAUGCAGCAUAGCUUAUUGGAAGGAGAGUGAAUUAUGUUCACCAUGGAUACAUGCAGUCUCAUGGUCAAGUAACUCCUGGUCAAAACAUGCAUUGUAAUUGAGUGUGCAUUAGAUGUAUUGUAUAGUGCGCGUAUAUUGUUGGCCACCAUCACAGAAACAACUGAGAGAUUCUUAAGUCCAUCAAAGCCAUACACACGAUCCCAAGGCAACAUCAACCUUGUCACAAGGCUUAGCUUGGCAUCGCAGAUAUUAACACAUUUACAUGUUCUAGAUAAGCUUCCUCCUGUAACGUCGAUGUGAAACACUGGCCUAGUAUUGCAGAUCCUGUUCAAGCCCUACAUCCAACAUGCUUUAUCGUUUUUGAAAAACACCUAUCAUAAAAAAGAACAUUAAAACGGGUACGGAGAGGACGGUGCAAAGCAGCCAACGCGAUCCCACCUCUUCAGUGCUGUCGACUGACGGAUGCAUAAAUAAAACACUGUCGUCCUUAACAUCACCAUGGUGAGAUUCUGAACAUGCUGAAGAUCAGAUGGCAGUGAAUCACCACGAGGUAAUCAGAGCUGUGCAGUUGGACUGACACAGCAGCCACUAAAAGCUGUUGCAGUCAAGUUUGGAAUCAAUUCUAGUUUAGCAUGAUAUUUUUAGCAAACCCAUGUGCAUCCUAUCUUACAACCAAAUAUGACUUAUGUAGCAUCGCCCUGAUCUUUAUCCAAACACAGACAGUGACAGGCAAUAAGUUGGCAGAUUUAGGGAGUGGUGCCUGAGUGCAGGAGGUGGAGAUGGCAGAGCUGAUGAGAAGAUGGUUGAUCAGAUUUGUGGUUCAUUAAAGCUGAUGAGAAAAAGCAAGCGGAGGGGAGUGAGGGAGUAGGUGGAGGGUAAAAUCAUUGUUUCUGUGCUUGCUGUUGCAAAUAAAAGAAAAAGAUUACCCAUU